UUUGGACAUGUGGAGUGGACAGGUAUGUUUCAAAGGACAAAAGUUUGCUAUUAAACCCCGGUAACGAGCAUUGUCGAACUCUUUGGUUCAAUUGACGCCUUGCAGUCAUGUUACUCCAAGUGAGCAAGUCAUCUCUUUGCGCCAGUAUCAUCCUGACCAUGAUGACCAUCACCUGUUGCCUUUUUAGUAGGUGCCACCUACAUCACAUCACAAUGACAAUAAGCAUCACAUCACGACAAUACUAUAGCAUCCCUAACACUCACCACAAUCAACCGCGCCUCCCUUGGCACCGCCACCCUCCUCGCUCUCCGUAUCUCAAACUCAGGUUUUGUCCUAUCGAGUUGCGCGUACGACGGCCGACGGCCGUUCCGGAGCUCGUACGUUGAUUGUGCGUGGUGUAUCUACGAAUAUCAUGUCAACACAACGAUCAUACAAUAAAAAGCGUGCUCAGACCUGUUGAGUCAUAUCUUUCAAUGCUAAGUUCUAACGCGUAGCUCUCGGCUGGAAGACACGUUUUUUGUUUAGACCCAAGAA